CUUGUUUAGGGGCUGAGAACAGGAUUCUAGCAAAGAGAAGGGGACUGUAGAGAAGUCUAGAUCUGAAAUCUGCCUCACCAUUCAAAUACCCUGGGGCAAUAUUUGAGGGUGAUUGUUCCACGGAUGAGCUAUUUUUGUUGCUUGUGGGGUAAGUGGGAGGGAAAAGGGGGUAGUGGGAAAAGAGGGAGAACUGGGGGGCUUAAAAGUAAAUGGGGAAAAGUUGAUGGUAGAAGGCAGCAAAUAGAUUAUAGGGACAGUGAAUCUGUACUUGCCAAUUGGUAGUUAGGAUUUAAAGAUUACAUACAAGCCAAAUGAAACAGCCAAGCCUAGAAAUAGCUAGCCAGCCAAAGCGGUAGACUGGUAACAAAUCCAAGGUUUAGUUAGAGUCUUGAAUAAGGCGUUGAAAAUUUCUGUGAAAGACUUUGAGUUGUCUAGUAAGGACUAGUCACAACUAGCAAGGAUAACAGAAAGUAUCAGCUACUAAUUAAUCAUAUUGAGUUAGGAAGUCAGUGUUUGGUGAAAUGAAUUUGAAUUGAUAACACAGUUGGAAAGCAGUUUAUAUUUGUUAGGGAUUUAAUAUUUUGAGAAGUGUUUUUCUUCAAUGAGUCCUUAUUUAGGGCUGUGGAGCUAUAACUGGAGUGCGUGUAAUCAGUGCAGGGGAAGAUACAAAGAUUCCAUUUAGAUUGUUCAGGGAUUUAUUCUCCUCAUUUUUGAAGCUAUGUCUCCUUUAUGGUCCCUGCUUCCCAUCUUAUUCCUGUCACUGGCCGCUGCUGCUGUCCCCCGUAUAUCCCGCCGCCAGACCUCUAUUUGCCCUCGGGUAUGCGAGCUAUCUCGGUGCCCUCGUGCCCAGGCUCCCUGCCAAGCAGGUGAGGUGCGCGACUCGUGUGGCUGCUGCCCGGUGUGCGGGGCAGGGGAGGGGGAGGCCUGCGGGCAGCGUGGUGCGUCCCCGUGCGGAGAGGGCUUGGAGUGUGUCCUGCCUGGGGUUGGCGGCACUCCCAGGAGGAGAGUGGGUGUGUGUGUGUGCCGUACGAGUGAACCUGUGUGUGGCAGCGAUGGCAAGACCUACAGGAACCUGUGCCACCUAAAGGCAGAGAACAGGCGGGCCAGGCUACAGAACUCACCACCAGCAAUCCACAUCCAGAAAGGGCCAUGUGAAACUGGUAAGUAAAACCCAUUUUCAAACAUUUAAACUUUUCUCUAUUGUCCUCAUCCUUACUUACAAUGAUCUGGUGUUUUAGAGUGAUUUAUUCGUUGAAUUUUUAGACAUAUAGCUUUCAGAAGUUGACUCCUGUAUUAUAUAUAUAUUCAUAUUUAUUUUCAUUUACAUUGUAUAUGAUAUACAGGCUUACAGUCAGUGUGUAAAACCAUAAAAAAAAUAUUGAAAGUACUUUAACCUGCUUUGGACACAUUUUAAGCCAUUGUGAGAUAUAGUAUAUCUAUUCUCCAUUACCAGCAAGGAAAAGAGUAUUCAAAACUAAAUAUCUGCCUUACAGCUAAAACAUAAAGCUGCAAAACCAAAUAUUAUGUCCGGCAAUAAAAUGCAUUUUAAAGCCCUUUCUGGGAUUUAGGUACAGAAUGGUCUUUGCAGAAUCUAAAUAUUAUUCAACCAAGCUAGGUCAUUGGGUGCAAUCAUUAUUUGCUUACAGUCAGUGGCGUAGCGUUGGCUGGCAGCGCCACCCAAGUAAAUUCAAGUAUUGUGCCCUCUAACCCGUUGACUAUUAGCAGUCUGCGACUUCUUUAACUGGCACCAAGAUAGCCUCGCUCUUCCUUCCCUACUCACCUCGUCUCCUUGAGUGUGCGACAUUGAAUUUUUAAAAUCCACCUCACUGUGCAUAGUCUAUACACAUUGCUGUAGUCAUGAGGUGGAUUUUAAAAAUUACGCAAUGCAACUAUCAGUGUCACAGAUGGAGACGAGAUGGGUUGGAAAGGAGGAGCAAGGCUAUCUAGGUGCUCAUUACCAACGUACUGGUAUAAUGCCAUUUUGCAGGCAUUUACAUAAUGUCUAUUGAUAGUGUGAAUUCCCGCUUUGAGGAUACCGGCAGUGUCUUCAAAUGGCAUGUCACACUAUUAAUGGGCACAAACAUCUAAUACCUACUGUCAAGCACAGUGAUGGAGAGGUGAUGAUUUGGGCUUGCUUGGGAAUCUUGCGGUCAUUGAGUCAACUAUGAACUACUCUGUAUACCAAGGUGCUCUAGAGACAAAUGUGAGGACAUCUGUCCGAUAGCUAAAGUUUGACCAAAUUUGGAUCAUGCUAAAGGACAACGAUCCCAUGCACACCAGCAAAUCUACAACAGAAUGUCUGAAAAAUAAAAUAAUCAAGGUUGCAAUGACCUAGUGAAAGUCUAGAUCUCAACCAGAUUGAAAUGCUGUGGCAGGACCUUAAGAAGAGCUGUGCAUAAACAAAUGCCAGCAAACCUCAAUGAACUGAAGCAGCAUUGCAAAAUUUAAAUUUUAAGACCUGCUUAGGAACAGAUAAUUGUUAUUAUGUCCUAUGUAACUAUGUAACUAUGUAACUAUGUAACUAUGUCCUGAUAUGUAAAACCAUAGAAUUCAAAGAGAGGGUGUACUUUCUUUUCUCCAUGACUGUAUAUAUAUAUAAAACACUGAUUGUAAGAAAAGCCACCUCAGUUGCCUCACUAACUUUAGAGACAGCGUGCAGUGCUUACAAUGUAAUGUGCCCUCUCACUCAUCCUUGCCCCACAACUGUGUCUAAGAACUAAUUCUAAGCACCACAGAUGCUGCUUGUGAAUAACAUUUCCAGGCUGUCUAAGCAUUGUGGGGGGAAAAAAGCUCUCAAUAUAUAGCAGUGUCAAUGUUAUUAAAGGAUCACUAUAGUGUCAGGAAAACAAAGCGGUUUUCCUGACACUAUAGUGCCCUGAGAGUGCCCCCACCCUAAGGGUCCCUCUCCCAUGGCGCUGAAGGGGUUAAAACCCCUUCAGCAGUUUACCUUAAUCCAGCGCUGGGCUCCCUCGGCGCUGGUGACCUCUCAUCCCCCGCCAACGUCAGCGGAGCCGAAUGCGCAUGUGCGGCAAGUGCUGCGUGCUCAUUCAAAGUGUCCAUAGGAAAGCAUUUCUCAAUGCUUUCCUAUGGACGCUCUGCGCGAUGGAGGCAUAAUAUGCCUCCAGCGUCACAGAUGCGCCUCUAGUGGCUGUCCGGAAGACAGCCACUAGAGGCUGGCUUAACCCCAAAUGUAAACAUAGCAGUUUGUCUGAAACUGCUAUGUUUGCAUCUGAAGGGCUAAAACCUGAGUGACCUGGCACCCAGACCACUUCAUUGAGCUGAAGUAGUCUGGGUGACUAUAGUGUCCCUUUAACUGUAUAUGCGUACUCUAUUAAUUAUUUUGUUAGACACAGCUCACAAUUUCUUAUGUUGCACUGUUACUUGGAGAAAAAUCAGAAUGUCCAUCAGAUGACAUUGCUUACCAUGUUUCAGUACUUUUUCAAGUUUGUCUAAAAGCGAACUCUUCAAACGCGGAAAUGAAAGACUUGACAAAUAAGUACAGAUGCUGAACAUCUGCCUUCUGAGCCAAAAGGCAUUAGUGAGCAAUACAUUGCAAUAUAUUACAGUGUCGUCUAGAUUUUUAGACACAUUAUGGCUUAUUUACUAAACAGUAAAUUGUAUUGUGUGAAAAAAAAUCACAUUGCACAAUUUAGGUAACAUAAUUGUACUUUACAAUUUAACUUUUAAGUUCCCUACAACUCAUCGGUUAUUCACUAAAAUUGUCAAUGUCAGGAAUUGCUCAAGAAUUUGCUAAAUAUAGCCCAAAAUAAUUGAAUGGUAUAACAUUUCACUUAGCUAGUUUUCCACCUUUUCACCUAAAAUUUGCCAUUCCUUGGUUAAUUUAUAUGACUCUGUAUGAUUGCACAAAUACUCCAGAUUCAUUUAUAGCAAAACAUACUUUAAUACAUUUUAACAGUGUACGUUUCUUUUCAAUUUCUGGUUCUUUUAAUGUGGGCACAUACAGAGAUGUUGAAUUGAGUGGUUCCCCUAUGUCUUGUAUGGAAAUCACUUUUGCAUGGGGUGAGGGCUGUCUAAUCCUAAAGGGGUAGGUAGCUAUGUCAUUUUGUGUCAGUGCUGGAGGUGACAAGUUGUUUUCUUCAGGGUAAAUACCUGUGAGUGUGUUUUUGUGAGUCAGUGUCAUGCGGGAACAUGCUGGCUAAAUGUAUGUCAGAGACAGGCGCUAGGAAACAUGCUUGUAACAAGCAAAAGCAUAUUGUGAAGCUCUGUACUGUGCAUAUUAAAGGGUGCAUGUGUGUGCAUGAUCAUAUGUGUAUGUUCAGAAAGUGUACAUUCCACAUGUUUGUUUGAUGAUGCCAUAUUUAUCUUUAUUUUACCUGUAAUGUGCGUAAGCAAGCUUGGAAAAAAGCAAACCUAUGUACAUAUUUGCUCAGACGUACGUAUUGUACAUGUUUAAAGGGUUACUCAAAGUACAAUGACUCCUUCAGUGUUUUAAAGUGGUCAUGGUGCAAAGACCCGGUAUGUGGAGCAUUUCAGUAUGAAACACUGCACAUAGAUAUAUCAUGUUGCCGCUGGAUGUGUAACUCCACCAUUGGUAACUUUUAAUAACCAGCAAGGAACAUCCAGACUGGCUAGUGUUAAUUCUGUACAUAUUCAUAGUCUGAGAAUGCUCAGCUGACACUCUAAGAUAAUGUAAAAAUAGCAAAAACCAAAAGCGUCUAAGCCAACAUUCAUUGCAGCUAGAUACCCAAAGGGACCCAAGUAAGUGGCAAACCAUUACAAAAUGGCUUCGUUACUGAGAAACAGCAGCAGGGUACUUCUGGUAUCAUAUUCACUACAGAGGGCUGCAGUGGUUAUAAUGCUCAGAGAAACAAUAUAUUUACAAAUGCAAUGCGACUUCCUUGUCUCACUUGUCAUGGGUUUACUUAUGCUAUUCACCUAAGAAAAUAAGUGAAAGCCAAAAAAAAAAAAAUGUAAAAAAAAUUUAAAUCAACAUAUUACUGCUUUUGCUCGAUAUUUUUUCUGGUUGUGGAGCAAACUACAGAUUGCAAGCCUCAUGAUAACAUGUCCACAGCCAGGGUGCAAAUUGUUAGCUAUAGCUGGUAUUUAUCAUGUUGCAUUAUAUGGAUUGAUAAAUAGCUGGCAGAUUACAAGGUAACCUGCAGCCAUCUUGCGAUGGAUGAAUUUAUAUGACUAUUAUCCUCAGUUGUAUGUCUUCCCGUUGCUCGCUCAUAUCAUAAGAGGUGGGUGAUGCUAAUAUUUCUCUCUUCCUGUUUUCUGAUUGUUUGGUUGCAAUGAGGUAUAACUAUGGUCAGAAAUGUAAUUGUACUUUUGAUAUUUUAGGUUCCCCUUAUCCGGACAGCAUGAGAUACAAAUUUAAUUUCAUAGCUGACGUGGUCCAGAAAAUCGCACCGGCUGUUGUACAUUUGGAACUGUUUAGAAGGUAAUCCAGCGACAGUAGAUAUGAACAUAUUGGAAAUAGAAUGUUAUAGAAACAUUAGAUAAUCUUGAAUACAUAUAAAAAUGUUUUUGGAUGUUCCAAUAUAUAUUUUUUCCAAAUGCAGCAUUUAUUAACAAAUAUCUAAUAUUGGUGUUAUUGAAGGAAAGCGGGGAGAACAAUUAUAAAUUAAAGCAAACCAUGUGUAUGCUAUGCAUAUUGUGACAGAAAACUCUGUAAAGUAAUACAAUGUGAGCAGGAUAUUACUUUGUCGCAGAGAGAUUUAGAUAGACUAGGAUACUAGGAAAUGGCAGAUGAAAUUUAAUGUAGAUAAAUGCAACUUUCACCCUAAAUUGUAGUGAAUUAGGGAUAACAACACAAAAAAGAUUAGGGAAGUGUUAUGAACAACAAACAAGGCAGCAAUGUGCAAUGUCAAUCAGCAAUUACUAGGGCCAGUAUGUUAUCAUGUAUAAAAAGGGCAUUCAUUCUUGGGAUGGAAAUAUAAUUUUGCCUCUUUAUAAAUCAAUAGUAAGACCACAUCUUGAUUAUGCUGUGCAAUUUUUGGCACCUAUUCUAAAAAAGGAUAUUAUGGCACUAGAAAAAGUACAGAGACAGGCUAAAAAAUUAAUUAAAGGAAAUAAACAUUUUAAUCAUGAAAGGUUAGCAAAUUUAAAUCUGUGUGGUUUAGAAAAACAAUGCCUCAGAGGGAAUAUCAUAGCUUUAUACAAACAUAUUCAGGCCCAAUACAAACCAUUUUCUGGAAAUCUAUUCAUAACCAGGACUGUCAGGAUGUGGCCCAACACGCAGAAUUAAGUCAAAAACGUAGAAUAGACUAAAAGUGAUAAAUGUAUAACCGGGCCUUAAAAUAGUCAGAUUUAACAUAGAAAGAAUAGUCAGAAACAAGCCAAAGUGAGGGACACAGACAGUAGAAUAAAAGAAAAGACAAAGCCAAAGGGUCAGGGAUACCAGAAAAUAUGGAUAGUCAGAACAAGCCAAAAUAAAAAAACAGAAUAACAAUAUACCAAACGCGCCCUUGGAUAACCAAAGUAGUGGAAACCACGACAGGGCACUGAACACUAGCAGAUCUGGGUUUAAAUAACCCCAAAACCCUGCUUAGUGGUUAAAAUGGGACCUAUAACUCCAAAACGUGCGUGUGCAUAAAAAAAGUGACGUUUUUGUGGGUGGCGCUAUUUAUUAUUGCGGGACAGCAGCGGUCAGCGGCCUCUAUAAAGCUGCACCCUGUCGCUACACCAGAUGCCCCUUGGAGGGUGGGGCACCGAUCGGGUACAGCCACACAGUGCCAAUCGGGCACCGUGACGAGGACUAUACAUAGGACACAAGGUCCUGCAUUUAGAGUGGAAGAAAGGAGUUUUAGACUAAGGCAAAGUAAAGGGUUUUUUUUUUUUUACCGUAAGAAGAAUAAGGAUAUGGAAUUCUCUGCCUGAAGAGGUGGUUUUAUCGGAGUCUGUACAGAUGUUUAAACAUCUGUAUGAAUAAUUGCAAAACCAUAAUAUUCAGGAAUAUAAUUUUUUAUACAUGGGGUAACAGCUUCUUGAUCCGAGGAGAGAUCUGACUGCCAUUCUGGGUUCAAGAAGGAAUCUUUUUCCUUUUCCAGUAAGUUGCGAAACUUGAAAGCGCUUUAGACAUGUUGUUUUGCCUUCUUUUUGAUUAAUAGAAAAAAACAGAUGUGAGAAACGCAGAACCUAAUGGACACGUCUCUUUUCAGCCUAUGAAACUAUGUAAAAUACGUAUAGGUAGAAAUAUGGAAAUAAAUAAUAUUAAUUCAGAGUCUAUAAACAUUAAUUAUAGGGAGGCUUUCAGUUCCAAGAUGAACUUAAAUAAAUGUAUUUCAUCCAAUGCUUUAUUUUAUUCUCCUGCAUGGUUAACACAUGCAACGGUUGACUUUAUCACAUAGCUUACCUGAUCUAUAGUUGUAUUCUGUAAUUAUACUUUUAAUUGUUUCUGCUUUCAUGUCUAUAUCAUAUUAUAAUAUAUUGCUUGAAUGAUUUCAAAGAAGCUUGUGUUUACCAAAAAAAAAAGUCAUAUGGAAAUGGUACAGUAACAAAAACAGCAAACAUAACAGGGAAAGACUGGUGUAAAUGAGUAUAUAAAGCAAUCUAAUUUGGAAAACCUACAUAAAUUAGGCAAACUGCAAAUACCCGAUAAAACCAUAUGACCUUUAUUCCGUUUAACUCUUACAAAAAAGAACAAUGAUCUCCAAUACUAGAUUUGUCAGCAUGCAGCCCCUCAGAUGCUGUGCUACAAAUUCCAUAAUUCUAUAGAUUUCUGUGUUGUCCUGGAGCUAGCAGAAAAUGUUGGGAGUUGUAGUGUUCACUACCAUCUCAGGAAACACAUGUGACACCCCUGCUCUCGGGGGGAAAAAAAGCUUAAAGUGGAAGAAUCUAUGAUAUGUCCAAAGGUGUACUAGCAGGUAUAACGAGUUUUUAGCAAGUACUGUGUUUGCAUUAUGAUUGUACUCAAGCCCAUAGUGACGCAGAGCCUGUAGAAAUGAUUCUACAACACAGAUGCUGAGUUGUGUUUUUUAUCCCACCAAUGACAGCGGUGAGAGAAAAUUAUAUCAAUUUAGGACAAAGGAACACAGGGCAUUAAAACUUAGUAAUCUUUCUUGUAAGCACCAUAAAAAGACAUGUAAGUGUUUAUGAUCCAAACCUAACAUACGUGGUACAAUAAUAUAUCUAUUCAAACAAUCAAAUACGUAGAUUUCUAGAUAACAAAUCUGUAUAUCCGAUCACUCGUGAAUAAGGUACGUCUAUAGAAACACACUAUUGUAAAAAAUAGAUUGAUACACAAAAUUGUGAAAUUACAUACCAGCAGUCAAAGAUCUCAAGUCAUAGACAGAGGUGAACAACCACGGUACCAAACAAAAAAAAGCCCCCAACAUUUCGGUACAAAACCUUUCUCAUGAGAGGAGUGAGAGAAAAUAACAGAUUUUCAUAAUUCAACGAAUGUAAUAACCACUACUUUUAAAUAUCAUCACUAUACUACAAUAAAACUGAAUGCCUUGUGAUAAAAGGCCUGGGUGUGUGAUUCAAAUAAGUACAAAGAGUUGCUCUCUUCCCUCUAUGAGUGCCAGGUUUUUAUUCCUGUUUUGGAAUUAGACUAUUAUUAAUCUGUGAGGGGCAGGUGGACAUUUAGAUUUGAGUACUCUGAAAAUGCCAUGCAAGGGCUUGUUUAGGGAAAAGGAAUUUAGCCAGUAAUAUAUUAUCUAAAUUCCAGGUGUUCUAUACCCUACAACAAUGGUAGACAACCUUUGGCAUUCUAGAUUUUGCGGACUACAUCUCUAGUAAUACUUUACAGCUAUAUUGCUGGCAAAGCAUCAGGGGAGAUGUAGUUCAGGGGACAUCUGGAGUUCUGAAGGUGGUCUCUCCCUGCCCUAGAACACCUAUUUAAGGAACAGAAUGUUCAGGUUUCAGAGGUUUAGAACAUGUAGAGUUACAUUCUAUUGAUAUAAUAAUAUAGUAUUAAUUCUUGUAAUUUAUUUGCAUAUUUCCUUUUGAACCCUGUUUGAAAACUACUAUUCAUUUACCAAAGUUAAGUUUAUGUCUCGGUAUGCAAUGCUUAUAAUAUAUGAAUAUGUAUUAAUUAUAUUAAUGAUCGUAGAAUGUGUUUCAUUGAUCUGAGCUCCACACAUUACUAUACAGACAUUGAAUGUGUGUUUUACAAUUUGAGCUUAAGGAUAUCAAUACUAUUAAAAUAUUACAUCACAAAUUCAAUUUACUACCUUAACUAAGGUAGAGAAUUAGCAGUUUAAGAGUCUGUAAGAAAAACAAUAAACAAAAUAACUAUGAAAUCAAUUUAAUAUGUGAAGAAUAUGUUCUAUUAAUGCUAUAUAUGCAUCUCUGUUUGUAAAGAGCUAUAUUUUUUUUUAAUUAUGGAAAGACUCAGUUGUCCUGUCGCAUUGCAGGUCCCCAUUCACAGGUCAGGAAAUGGCUGUAUCCAGUGGUUCUGGCUUUAUAGUUUCUGAAGAUGGCCUCAUAGUAACAAAUGCUCACGUACUCACGAACAAGCAGCGUGUUAAGGUGGAAGUAAAAGAUGGAGCUCAUUAUGAUGCUAAGGUGAAGGAUAUUGACCAAAAAAUGGACAUUGCUCUGAUCAAGAUUGAACCAGAUGUAAGUACCAUGAACACCUUUUCCAGUGAAGCUUAAACCAAGUAUUUCAAGUCUCUGAUAUACAUAUAGAUAUACCUAAACUUUUUAUAACUCUUCCUACUGGUCUGUAUGACAUCUUAUAUCUUUUUUUUUUUUUUUAAACUUAUUUUCUACCCUCUGCAUGCAACUGGUCCCAUUGUUCCAUAUAACAUCUCCCUAUAGUUCCUUCUUAUCCUUCAUUAAAUCAUAGCCCAUAAGCAAGCAAAACUUUGGUUUCAUCCUAGGCCCCUCUUCCAGUUCUCAUGCUUGGAAGAUCUUCUGACCUAAGACCAGGAGAAUUUGUGGUUGCUCUUGGAAGCCCGUUUUCUUUGCAGAAUACAGUCACCACCGGAAUCAUCAGCACCACUCAAAGGGGAGGGAAAGAGCUUGGAUUAAAAGAUUCUGAUAUGGAUUACAUCCAAACAGAUGCCAUCAUUAAUGUGAGUCCCGGAAUUGCCUUGUUUGACCAACCAGAAAGAAUAAAACAUAAUUUAUAAUAUUCAUUUCUUACACAAAAUACCAUUUAUUAUUUGAUGCAUGAGCCAUAUGUUGUGUUAUACAAUCAUCACAUGAGUGAGCGGUGAAUAGCUAUAGUAACAUUUUCAUGAAAGGAACACUAUAGUCACCAGAACAACUACAGCUUAUUGAAUUUGUUCUGGUGAGUAGAAUCAUUACCUUCAGACUUUUUGCUGUAAACACUGUCUUUUCAGAGAAAAUGCAGUGUUUACAUUACAGCCUAGUGAUAACUUCACUGGCCACUCCUCAGAUAGCUGUUAGAGAUCCUUCCUGGGUCCUGGCUGCCUAAAAUCCAUCCAAACAUUCAGUGUCUCCACCCUCUGCAUGCAGACACCAAACUUUCCUCAUAGAGAUUCAUUGAUUCAAUUCAUCUAUAUGAGGAGAUGCUGAUUGGCCAGGGCUGUGUUUGAAUCAUGCUGGCUCUUCCCCUGAUCUCUGCCUCUUUGUCAGUCUCAGCCAAUCCUAUGGGGAAGCACUGUGAUUGGAUCAGGCUACCACUUCUGAUGAUGUCAGCAGACUGCUUGUUUUUUUUUUUAAGCAAGCAGCAUGCAGAGUUACAGCUUCAGGCUUGAAUACAGUGCUAUAUUUAUGGAUGCAUGAGGGGCUAGAUGGUGGUUUUAACACUAUAGGGUCAGGAAUACAUGUUUGUGUUCCUGACCCUAUAGUGAUCCUUUAAUUCUCUAAAGUAGAAAAAUGUGGUAUCAAAUGUAUAAAUUGCAUAUCUAUCUUAAACACAUUGUAAGAAAAUUAUUACACUUAAGGGCUCUGGGGAUUUCUUUAGAAACCACAUGACAGUCUCCAAAACCUUCCGAUGGCAUUAUUCUCCUGAAAUACGUGCUUCACAAUUUAUGUCCACAUAAAUGACCCAGCCUGCCAAAAAUUGAUUCGAGUCACAUUCUUCUGUCUGUAGUUUACUCUGCUGUCCUCCAGUGUGACUUGAUAACCUUGUUUUGUGGGAGCUAUAGAAACCCAUUCUGCUUCCUGCGUGGGCUGCUGAUAGUUCAAUUGUAAUGAGAAUAGAAUUUUCAGAACACCAUGCAAGAAGCACCACAAGCAACCCAUCACAUUGUGGCCAACAAACAUAAGCAGGAGAGAAGAGAAGAAAACAGAGUCUGUUGACCGCUGCUGUGUUAUAUACAGCUUUGAUUCACAGUGCUAAUUGGGGACAUGAUCAUCCAUUGGCCUCAAAACCAUGACGGACUACUAGACUUUUUUCUAGUUUGUCUAAUGGUCAAUCUUGGCCUGGUUUUAACUAAAGGGUUCUUGGUGUGACUGGAACAGACAUUAUUGGCCUUAAAGUUAAAUUAACAGGGUCAGGUUGGAAAAUAGAAAUAAUAAGGUGAAUUAUCAUAUAAUGCAAUUGUGACAUUUCAGAAAAACAGUUUAAUACUUAAUAAUAAUUAUUAUAAUAACAAUAAUAAUUUUCAAAGACAAAAUUUGACUUUUUGUAGAGAACACAACCAGUAGAUAUUUCCGAGGAUACUAACCACUUGAGUAAUGAUUUAAAUAUGCUCUAUAGGUGAGUUCUAUAGGUGAGAUGCAAAAUGUAAUAGCAAAAUUAUGCGUUUAGUAUACAAACCUAAUGACGAACAUACAUUGAAUGAAUAUUUAUUAGCAUUAACAGAAAAGCCUAGGGGUUUCUAUCUCAAAUUACCCAAUAUUAAACAUACAAUGUAAUGCUUAAUAUACAGGAAGAAAAGGCACAAGUUGUGUAUAGCAAGAGGAAUUAGUACAAGCUAUCUAAUGUCAAAUUAUAUAGAUCAUUCAUAAAACUUCACAUAAAGCUAUGUGUCAAAAAGAGAGAAGUGAGCUACUCAGAUGGUGCACGACCUGCAUAAUAUUGAAAAUUAAAUAGAGAAUGCAAAACCAAAAUUCAUAAGCAUCCUCAGCUACACCCUAGUUCCUGGACAAGCAGCAACAGACAUGAAUUCACGAAUGAGGUUUUUGUUUGUAUUUUUUGUUUUGUUUUAAUUAUGUACCUUUUCUCAUCUGUGUAAACAUCAUCAUUCCGCCAAACCAACUUGCUUGCUUCCAGCCUCCUUUAACUUCCCCCUAAUUUAUUGUCACUUACAAAUAGUAGUUUAAACAUGUAUGUAUUGUAUAUAUUGUUCAUAGGUGACUCCAAAAUAUACGUGUUUUAUUAUAUAUUGUAUUUAUAUAGCACCAAUAAUGCUUGUUGUUUUUUUGUUCCAUUUUACACUACAGUAGUGUUGUAGGAUAUGUAAUAUUUUUUUCGAUUUGCUUGUUAAACAAUGACUGUUGUAUCAGUAAAACCUCAACUGUGAGGUAUAUACACCCAUUCCAGUCAAACCUUGGAGCGCUAAAAAUAUAAUGACUUACCCUUACAAUGUGGGUACAAGAGGGUACAGAGUUGCUUAUUGCUCACCUUCUCCAGAGCCUAUUAUACUUGGCUCUUAGCACCCUUGUGUCUCUAUAGGGGACACAAACCCUUCUUUGAAAUAUUACCACAGUCCAGAGCUAGGCUAAAAAUUACUAUUAAUCAAAAAGCAAUUAAAUAAAAUAUGAAAGAAAUAUAAGUCAAAUGAUAUAAUCCUCCAGUAGCACUCUCAAGUUUGUUUUGCCGGUUACAGAGGCUUUUUCAUUCGGCUGUACCGGCGAAACACGUCUCGGAAGUGCUACAGGAGGAUUUUAUCAUUUGAUUUAUAUUUCUUUCAUAUUUUGUUUCAUCAAUUUGUAAUAAAUAGUAAUUUGUAUCCUUCCGGUGGACUCCAUUCAACUAUUUGGUUCUAUUUCAAAGAAGGGUUUGUGUCCCCUAUACAGACACAAGGGUCUACACACUAAGAGCCAGGUAUAAUACGCUUGGGAGAAGGUGAGCAGUCAGCAACUCUGUAUACUGUGCACUUUAUUUGAAUUGACAUAUUGCACUAGGUCUUUUUCCAAGUUUCUGUAUUACAAGCACAUUAAGACACAGAGGAAGAGGGGCAGUGUCCCUUCAGGUGUUCUGUGCCUGUCCUAUUCGGCUCAGCCAAAUGUGAGUGUACCCAGUUAGAGUUGUAUUCGAUGCACAAUAUUGGUUAUAUUGCACCAUAUAUGUGUUUAUCAUUUUAGGUCAUUGUAUCUUACCCACAUUGUAAGGGUAAGUCAUUAUAUCUAUAGCUCUCCAUGGUUUGACUGGAUGUAUAUAACACACAGUUGAGGUAUUACUGUAUCAAUUUGUGUAAAUGAGAGAGACAUAUACAUAUAGGUGUCAGGGCUUACCUUAGUUGGGAGUCCGGUAUGCAGAGGUAUAUGCUCACCCUUGCAAAUAAACACAGACCAAGGUGACCAGAUAAGGAACCACCUGGCCUGUGAGUCUGUGCAGGAUAUUGCUCCAAGUCGUAGUACAGGCAAGGACACAAGCAGGAGAAUCGUCAAUGAGGAGCUAAAAGUUAGAGGGUGCCAGAAGUCAGGAUAAACGAGGGUAAGCCAAAGUCAGAGGAUGCCAGAGGUCAGGACACACGAUAAGAAUAAGUCAAGGUUAGGAGCCGACUGGAGAACACUGGAUCACGAACACAAACACAGGAACCAUAGUCAAUGAACUGACACUGCCCUCGGGGAGACGCAGCAUCUUAUACCUGGCUAAUUGGGCAUCAGCUUCAGGUGGGCUGAGAUUGAUAGGAGCAGCCCUAGGUAAAAUCCAGCCCCCAGUGCUGGAGACAAGGCAAGGAUAAACAUGAUACAGAAAUAGGAACUGAAGUGUGGCUCCGAGGCAAGACAGCAGGACCACAGUUCAAAUCCCCUGUCUGGCACUUGUGAAACAGCCACGCCUGGCCAUCUGGAUGGCUAGGUGCGAAUCAUGACAUUUGCCCGUCCUUAAACUCGACCUCUGGGUGAGAACUGGUUCUUUAGAGUUCUGGUACACCUAAUUUUCACUAUCUGUAUCAAGAUAUUCCUUGUGAUCAAAGUCCCCAGAAAGGAGUCCCUUAAUAGCAUGGGGCUCGAUAGUACCAGCUUCUGGUACCGGUGGAGAGAGGUCAAGGACAUCAAUUAUUAUUAUUUUCUUAUUAUUUAUAUAGCACCAAAAAAUUCCUCAGAGCUUUACAGUGGGUGGACAUACAAACAUGUAGUUGUAACCAGACAAGUUGGACACACAGGAAAAGAGGGGCUCAGGGCCUUGCUCAAUGAGCUGAUGGUAGCACCGUUGACUUGGUGGGAGACAGACACAGGAGUAGCAACACUUGAGAGAGGAAAGACCAGAAUUUCAGUUUUGGUCAAGUUGAGUUUAAGGAAGUGGGCAGCGAUCAAGUUAGAAAUAGCGGAGAGGCAGUCAGAGACACUAGUCAAGAGGGACUGGGAGAGAUCAGGAGAGGACAGGUAGAUUUGCGUGUCAUCCGCAAAGAAAUGAUAUUGGAAGCCAAAGAAGCUAAUGAGAUUACCAAGGGAGGCAGCAUAGGUGUGCGCAGCCUAUUGCAUUAGGGUGUGCACCCUAAAGCACAAACACACGCCGCGUGUAUAUAUAUGUGUGUGUGUGUAUAUAUAUAUAUAUAUAUAUAUAUAUAUAUGCACACACAUACAUACACUGCUGUGUGUGUGUGUGCUGUGUGAGGGUGUUGUGUGUAAGGGUGCUGUGUGUGAGGGUGCUGUUAGUGUGAUGUGUGUGAGGGUGCUGUUUGUGUGCUGUGUGUGUGUGUUUGUUAGGGUCCUGUUAGUGUGCUGUGUGUGUGAGGGUACUGUGUGUGUGUUUGUGAGGGUGCUGUUUGUGUGCUGUGUGUGCUGUGUGUGAGAGGGUGCUUUGUGUGUGAGGGCGCUGUGUGUGUAGGUACUGUGUGUAUGUGUGUGAAGGUGCUGUAUGUGUAUGUGUGUGUGUGUGUGGGUGCUGUAUGUGUAUGUGUAUAGGUGAUGUGUGUGUGCUGUAUGUGUGUAGGUGCUGUGUGUGGGUGAUUGUGGGGGGUGGAGGUGGGGGCAGAUUACUAAAUAUCCCCCCUCCCUUAUUACCUUAUGUAGAGAGGGGGGAUCGUGCUGCUGCCAUCCCUGGUGGUCCAGUGGAGAGUGAACUCUAGCCUGUGGGGCUAGAGUUCACUCUUGCGAGAUCUGAGCGUUGCCGGAGCUGCUGGUUGAGCUCCCCGGGUCCUCUCCUGCCUACCUCCAUGCUGCUGUGGGGAGGGAGGCUUAGAGCAGAGCCGGCGCUCGGAUAGCGCUGGCUCUGCAUGAGCCGACGGUGGAUCCUGAGAUCUCCCCUGCCGGUUUCAAUACAUAGGCGUGCCGCAGGGAUUAGGGUGUGCCCAGGCACACCCGGCACACCCUGUGCGUACGCCUAUGGGAGGCAGUAUAGAUGGAGAAAAGUAGGGGACCAAGGACUGAACCUUGUAAAGCGCUGUGGAAUUUGAUGGCGCUAUAUAUAAAUAACAUAAUAAUAAUAAUAACAACUAAAAGAGAGGAGUUGGCGAGAAGAAGCAGAGCCAGAGAAAGAAACACUGAAAGAGCACUGGGAGAGGUAGGGGGAGCACCUGGAGAGAGCAGUAUCUUGUAGACAGAUAUUGCUGAGGAAGAGAAGAAGCUGUUGAUGAUCAACAGUGUAAAAAGCCGCAGAAAGGUCAAGGAGAAUUAGGAUAGAGUAGUGACCACAAGAUUUUGCAGCGAGUAGAUCAUUGAAUACUUUGGUCAGUGCCUUUUUCCACAGAGUGCUUAGCACGGAAACCAGACUGAAGCGGGUCUAGGAGAGAGUUGGACUUGAGGAAGUCUGUCAUUUUCGCAUACACAACUCUUUCAAGGAUCUUGGAUGCAAAAGGCAGUAGCGAGAUAGGACGGUAAUUGGAUGGGGAGUUAUGGUCAAGGUUGGGGUUCUUUAGAAUUGAUCCGGGUGCAGGUAGAAAGUACUUCAGCAGGAGCGGAGUUUGCAGCUAACAAUGCCUUUUCGAACAUCAGUAAAUCCUUUUUACAAGCGAUUUUACCAUUAGAGGCACAUGUACAAGCAGAAGGUAGGUCUUCUUUGAGCUGGCAGGAAGUAGUGAUGGUCUUAAUAGAAGCAUCUUCAGGGGUGGUGCAGAUGUCUCUGGAGCAGAAGGUGGAGACCUCUCAGGAGGACGGGUUAUGUCGAUUACCGUGGUCUGGGUACGCUUUUGUGUCACAGAACGUAGACAUGGCUGGCAGCAACCUUGGCAUUUCCAAGGCAAAGUUGCAGGGAUGACAGGAUGGGUACGAACAGCAGCUACUUGAAUAGUUUUACGCUGGUGUGGGCGAGUAGGGCAGAUGGAGAUGAAGUGCCCUCUUUCUCCACAGUAGAAACAAAGACCACAGCUUCUCCUUCGGUCUCUUUCCUUGGAGGACAACCUGGUCCAGAUGACACCGAUCUCCAAAGGUUCCUCUUUUUCCAUUGGAGUCUCAAGGUGUACUUGGGUGACUUCAGGUUGACAAGGCAGGUUACUGAAGGCAGGUCUGCCCUGUAGCAGGAUGGGAUUAUUGUGUUCAUAUAUGCUGUCCUUCUCCCUGGGUAUCCGAGAUCCACGGGGACCUGGAGAAGGCUUGGGAGUAGCCUUUCUGGACAUAAGGCACUGAGAGUCCAUUUAUGAAUGACUCCCAGCUGUCGAGGACAGGACUCUUAUCCAGCAUCAUCUGGUGUGCCCAUGUCUUGAUCCAUCCAGUCAGCAGGUUGAUAGCCGCACGGACCAUGAUAAAGUCACUGGCAUAUGUCCGAGGCUUUAAGGCAAAUAAAAGUUCACAAUCCACCUAAAAGCACUGAAGGGAUGGACGUCCAAUCUCUCUGGCAUAACAACAAACGGCUCAGAAUAUACAGGUUCCGGGGCUGGGCGUACUGUUUCUUUAAGAAAUCAAACUUCUUGUUGCAGCUCCGAAACAGUCUGGGCCAGGCUGGACACUUGCUAGGUAAGCAGUUUGCACAUCUCUGCAGACUCCAUGAUGGUCAGUUCAUUAAUGUCAGGGCUUACCUUAGUUGGGAGUCCGGUAUGCAGAGAUGUACGCUCACCCUUGCAAAUAAACACAAACCAAGGUGACCAGAUAAGGAACCACCUGGCCUGUGAGUCUGUGCACGGGGACUGUGCAGGAUAUUGCUCCAAGUCGCAUUACAGGCGAGGACACAAGCUGGAGAAUCAAGGAUUAGCCAAAAGUCAGAGGGUGCCAGAAGUCAGGAGCCAACUGGGGAACACUGGAUCACAAACACAGGAACCAGAGUCAAUGAACUGACACUGUCCUCAGGGAGAGGCAGUGUCUUAUACCUGGCUAAUUGGGCAUCAGCUUCAGGUGGGUUGAGAUUGAUAGGAGCUGCCCCAGGUAAAAUCCAGCCCCCAGUGCUGUUGACAAGGCAAGGAUAAACAUGAGACAGAAAUAAGAACUGAAGUGUUGCUCCGAGGCAAGACAGAAGGACCACAGUUCAAAUCCCCUGGAUGGCACUUGUGAAAUAGCCACGUCUGGAUGGCACGGUGCAAAUCAGGGACAAUAGGUGGUAGCAGUUCUUAAUCAUUUUUUUGCCUGCACAUAAUUAAGCGUCUGAGAUACAAAAAAGCCCUUAUUUUUAAUUUUUAUUUUUUUUACAACGACAGUUGUAUGUUUAGGGAUGUCACAUCCACAGUAUUUUCCAGAAUAUAUAACGCUUAUACGAAUUAAUGGGAAACAUAUGGAACGUGCCACCCUGUAGCAUGUAAAAUACAUAUGUUGCAGAUUUUAAGUCAGGUGAUAAAUCGAUUAAGAAUUGUGUAGUAUACAUUCUACAUACAAGGGGGCAGAAUGUUCAUGUUCUGCAAGUCACCCUCAUGAAAUUAUAGGGUAAUGUAUAAAAAUUGUCCACUUACUUUCACGUUUGCGCCAUUUUUGUCCAUAUGCACCAUUUUCUUAUGUAUAAUACUAUUACUCUACCUUUAUACAUUGAGGUGCUUUUUAACCUUUGUUUUCUGUAAUGCAAUAAAACAAUCUAUCCUUCUGCCACUUUUUAUUCCUCUUUCAGAAGUUUUGUUUCUUUUUUUCCUGGUCGUUUAACUAUUGAUUAUAUCAUGAUAAUAAUAACUAAUAAUAAAAAUGAGCACUAUUACUUGGGUGGGAAGGAUGGGGGUUGGGGUGUGAAAGGACCUGGAGAAUUGUUGUGAACUCAAGUGAAUUUUUGAAGAUAAGCCCAAAAUAGUUGUAAAACUGCAAUAAAAUUCCAAGUCAGCUAUGCAUCCUGUAUAAAUAAUCUGAUCUCAACUUUGAAAUUCACGUUGAAUUUGGCAACCAUAUAUUAUAUUACUUUAUGGGUUACACUAUGCUAGAGCUGAAAAAUGGUAUGUGAAAUAGUUUUAUAAAAACAUUUCAUGUUUAAUACAUAUGGAUACAUCAGAAUAGGAGAAGGUCUUGUAGACGUUUUAAUCAUUUGCAAGUAAGCUUGUUUAAUUACCAAGUAGAUAACUAAAUGAACUCCGAUGCUCCUUGAGAGUUUAAAUGUUGUGUGCAAACUUAGAAUGCAUGUAUUUUUUUUCUGAAUUACCUCUCUCCUAAUUUCAAUCUGCUUAAGCUACUUAACAAACCACAUGGAGACAGGUUUGUUAGUUUUAUUAAGCAAAGUUAUAGGUGUGUGUAGAUGGUGAUAGAGAGAAUAUCAAUAAAGAUUGAACGUUGGGUAAUACCAUGCAUUAAUUGACCACUGCUAUUUUUAAUUUUAAUUUUUACAGUAUGGAAAUUCUGGUGGACCCCUUGUAAACCUGGUAAGGAUCGGUUUUCUUUUCACUGUAGAUAUAUACCCUCCCAUGGCACUAAUCACUGCUCUACAUAUUUCACAUUCACCAUAGCUAAAUCUCUCUUCCUUAACACAGCUGUGUCCAUCCCCCACAUCCAUUUAUCCAUCAUUAAUAAUCAGAUUCAACUUACACACAUACACAGCCAUGCCCACUCGCCCACCAUUGUCUUGAACCUACACUUUUGUCUUCAUCACAGUUCUGUAGUUCUCACAUGACACAGAUUAGCAACUUGCCUGCAUUUUUCUAGAACGUAAAUUACCGUAAAUGCUUGUUGUGGAUCCUAGGUUGUAUGGCUAUGGGUGCUGGCCUUCAAGACAUACAGUAGAGCUGACACUUCAAUGAUAAGAUUCAUUAAUGUUCACUUCACUCUUUUCAGAUCAUGUAUUCUGCAGUGGCAGUACUUACACUGUCACUUCAAACAAAUAACAUGAUUGAUCUGUUAAAUGCACAUGUUGUUUCUUGUGAAAUAUAUUGCAGAUGCCUGUUUGGGAUAGAUAUUAGUAUUAAAAUAUAUUUAUAUAUUUUUUUUAACUUGUCAAACUGGCUAUUCUAAACCUGUUGUAAUGUUAUGACACAAGUACAGGCAGAAAUAUUUUGCGGAUUCCUUGAACUUCCAGAAUAACUAUUUUUUACUCUGGAAUUUUCCUUUUAGCAAAUAUACUAUAAUUCCGUCCGUACAAGUAUGGCAUUUGCAAGACCUUUAAAGUCAUGUAAUUGGAACGAGCUGAAUUUGUAUGAAAAAAACUGCCCUUCCAUUUUAUACUUGGAACAUUUGUUCUCUCUAAAAACAUAAAUAUUUCUUCUUACUAUGCAUAUUGUGGCAUAUUAGCAGAAUUAGUUCUGCUUUUUUAAAGAGUGGACCUGUCACUUCCUCAUAUCCAACAAUUUACAUCAAAGUUUCCUUCAUAGUUUUAAUAGCAAUCUGGAGCUGUUCUUUAUUAAGGUUUGCAUAAUACAGAUAAUGGAAUAUAAUAAUAUAAUAUUAAUUAUGUCAUUGUUGACGAGUGGUGGUUUAAGUUUAGAUGGUGAAGAACCUUAGUGUAAAUGGCUUUGAGAUAGCCUGAUUAGAGGAUCUAGCCUUAAAGCGAGUGUCAUGGCUAAAAACUUUUUUAUUUUAUUUUUUAGGGUUCCCUCCGCUAUACAACUCCUAACAGUCCCUGUAACGUAAUUAGAUAUCCUAAAUUUGCCCAUAUCUGCCUGUUGUUCUUACUCUUUUGUGGCGUCAGAUCCUCAUUCUAGGUGCCCGCGUCUUCUAGUUACUGGCUGUUACAUAAUGCCAUCUUCUGCCCAUAGUAAGUGACAGGAUCUAAUUCCCGCGCAUGCUCUAUGGAAACCAGUACUAAUUGAUGCAAGGAGGAAGGACUAGAUGGAAAGGUAAAUAUUUUAUGAAAUGUGUUCUUGACAAAGGAAGCGAAGCUUGGCUUAAGCUACACCUUUUGUUAAGAUUGUCAAGCAUGAGAAAAAUACACAAGAAAGAGAAAUAGAUGCAAAAGGAAAAACAGGUUCUAAAAGAGGAAGAGAAAAGAAAACAGUUGGGGAAAGGUAAGGGAAUAAAUUGGUAUGAUGAAAAGAGGGAUGAACAGUUGGUUUAAAGGACCACUAUAGUGCCAGGAAAACAAACUCGUUUUCCUGGCACUAUAGUGCCGUGAGGGUGCCCCCACCCUCAGGGUCCCCCUCCCACCAGGCUGGAUGGAGAGGAAGGGGUUAAACUUACCUCUUUCUCCAGCGCCGGGCGGGGAGCUCUCCUCCUCCUCUCCAGGAGCCGCACACGCAUUCAGCCAGUCCAUAGGAAAGCAUUCACAAUGCUUUCCUAUGGACGCUGGUGUCUUUUCACUGUGAAAAUCACAGUGAGAAGUGCAGAAGCCCUCUAGCGGCUGUCAAUGAGACAGCCACUAGAGGCUGGAUUAACCCUAACAUAAACAUCUCUGAAACUGCUAUGUUUAUAGAAAAAAGGGUUAACCCUAGAUGGACCAGGCACCCAGACCACCUCAUUAAGCUGAAGUGGUCUGGGUGCCUAUAGUGGUCCUUUAAGCCUUACAGCUACUACCACAGCUCCUGUCCACAAUUAGGAUAUGUAGACUAUGCCUCGUAGAUCAUUGAUAAUGUGCAGAGGGAAUAGUAAGUGAGUGAAGCUUGCAUCACUUCCACAAAGUCAGGCAAUGCUGCAGUCCGCUCUGGAGUUGUAUUUAGAUAUAAUGUACAGAGGUGACCUAUUUGGACGUUAGGUUCUGUUUAAUGACACAAGUGAUCUAAACCUCUUUGCAAGCUCCUGUCUUUUCUUUGUUGUUACCAAGUGUCUCUCGUUAAGCAUACUGAGCUAUAAAUUAUUGGGUAUGGCAAGUGACAGGCCCACCUUUUUCUGAUGUACUGCCUUACAGUGUUGGUGUCAGGACACUUUUAGAUAAUUCUGAUAUUUUUAUAUAUUCAUUGUCUCGAUGACUACCACAGAUUAGAUCUAGGACAGAGUGUUCUUAACCUUUUAGACAAAGAUUUCACCCAUUCUAAAAGAAUAAAAUUAGCUCAGUGACCAUUCUUCCAUUGUAACACAUUAUAUACUAAAAUGAAUUUCAUCAUUAGUUAAGAACCACUGAGCAGAUAAACAAUAUAUAAAGACAUAAAUGCUGCAAGGUUUAAAAUGUGAAAAUCUUUGUUUUAUUUCCACAUGUGUGUUUUCAAAAAGGAUGGGGAGGUCAUAGGUAUAAAUACUCUGAAGGUGACAGCAGGGAUAUCCUUUGCUAUACCAUCUGACCGAAUUAGACAAUUCCUAGCUGAAGCCCAUGACAGACAGUUGAAAGGUAAGAAACCUCACGGAUAAAGACUAAACGUAAUACUAACAAGUUGUAGAAUAUUAUAUCCUCUUAAUGAUGUCAGAUUCUUUCUGCCAAAUUCAUAGGAUAACUCAUAUAUAAGACUCUAAAGCACACCAAUAAGAGAAUUGCAGGUUUUUGGCAAAAUAAGCCAAAAUCAGACCUCAAUUUAAGAUUUUCAGAAAAGCUUUUCAUUUUCUAUUUUCUAUUUUGAUUUUUUUUUUAUAUACGAUAUAUUUUGAGUGGUAUUUUAAUACUUUGAAAAUAAAUGUUUUUAAAAUAUUAUAGUGAGGCCUUAGUUUAGUUUUGUUUUUAUUUGGCUUAAAAUUUUAAAAUUGCUUUAUCAAUUCUCCACCAUCUCAAGUAACAAACCCUAUUAUUGAGUUAGGGGGAUUUGAAGAUUAAACAAAUACUAUUGUUUAAAUAAAUUUCUAAUUUACAGAACUGUUUUUGUGUUUUCAAAAUAUGCAACUGUGACCUUAAAAGGGACAUUCGAGUGGCCAAACACAAAAAGUAUAAAUAGCACUGCUUAGUAGAUAUACCCAAAUGAAAGCAUGCCUUUGCCUUUGCAAGCCCUUUCCCUUCUAACCCCGCCCAGACUUCCCAUGUACACCUCAAUGAGGAAUUUUUGCAAAGCAGGGUCAGUGGCAAUUGCUGUCUCUUGAGUUUAGCUCCACUGAGCAAACCAAACCAGGAAGCAACAGGACCCGUUAUCCGAUUGACAACCAGGGGGUGUAACAAGGUUAAUUUCUAUUAAAAUCUGAACUUUUUGGAAAAUGAAAAAAGGAGAACAGUAUACACACCUAAAGCAUUUUAGCAAGCUGAAGUGAUUUGAAGGGACUCUCCAGUGCCAGGAAAACAUAUCCGUUUUCCUGGCACUGCAGGACCCUGCAGUACAUCUCUUCCUCCCACCCCAAUCCCAUAUUGUUGAAGGGGUUAAAACCCCUUCAGUGACUUACCUCAAUCCAGUCCCUGGGCGCUCGGUCAGGCUCCACACACGCUGAAGUCAGCCGGCAAGGGCCACGCGCAUGCUUUCCUAUGGGGAUUCUGGCGACGCUGGAGGUCCUCAUGCAUAGCGUGAGGACAUCCAGAGUCAUUUAAAACACUUUUCGUGUUCUAAGGACACGGAAGUCCCUCUAGUGGCUGUCUGUCAGACAGGACUUAACCCUGCAAGGUAAUUAUUGCAGUUUAUAAACACUGCAAUAAUUACACUUGCAGGGUCAAGGGUGGAAGGAGUUGGCACCCAUACCACUCCAAUGGGCAGAAGUGGUCUGGGUUCCUGGAGUGUUCUUUCAAGUUUAGUCACAAGUUGCUACAACAAACUUGAAUUGACAUUGUAACGUUUUUGGAAUUAGGAGCUGUUUGUUAGAGUGCUUACACCUGUUAUACUCGUCAAAAAGAGAUAUGAACCCUAGAACACUCAGAUACUGAAUUAAAUAAUUAAUAAUGUCACACAUCCUCACAAUUUGCUAGUUACAAGUAACUAAUCCAACAAUAUUAUUUUGUAGUCUUUAAAACUUAUUGACAUUUAUUGACGACUAAGCCCCCCUCCUCCUAGCUUCCUGAUUUCUAGAAUGCAUUGAUAAAAAUGUUUCAAGCAAAUUUUGUCACUGUAUGGGGGGAAUAGAAGAACGGACCCAACAGGGUUAUUCACUAAAGAAGAUUGCACAAAUCAUGGCUGUUAUGGCUUCCAAUUGCAAUUCCGUUGUGAAAUCUCCACAAUGCUAGGUUUGGUGAAUAAUCGUAUUACUUUUUCUCUUCUUCAUUAAAGGGACAUCUAAGUACAAACCAACGUUGCCUUAAUUAAGUGUCUUUGGUAAAUUGAUAGUGCCCCCUGCAGUGUCACUGCCCAGUUCUCUCCUAUCUAAAUCGGGCAUUCAAUCACAUUAAACUGUUAAUGCAGCCCUAGUCAUAUCUUCCCUGGCUGUGACUCACACUGCCUCCCUACACGCUUGCUGAAAAAAAUAGUAAAUGUUUUAGCGUUUUUUACAAGACUGUGUGUUUAAUUUAGAAGGGAUUCAAUACUACUAUAUCAACAGCAUAAAACAGCAUCCUGUGUGUGUGCUUAAAGUUCAAUCAACAUAGACUCUAAAAUAAAUACACUGUUCUGUAAGAUCUGUUUGAAAAUAAAACCAUUUUUAUUUUGUAGGCUGUGUGAGUUGCAGCCAGGCGAGGUGUGGCUAAGGUUGCAUAAACAGAAUCAAAAGUGAUUUUUUUUUUUCACUCCAGCUCAAUAUGUCUCAUUCUGAAUUCCCCAGGAAAGAAUUCAAAAGUUUUGCAAUCACUACUUACCCAUCUGCCCUCGCUUCAUCUUUUUUCAUUGCAUGAUCCUGCAGCAGUCUCUCAUCUUAUUUAAUUACCUCACAAGCAACACUGUAUUUGCAUAUUUCCCAUGAUCUCUGGCCAUUAUAUCAAAUACCCCCUGCAACUUUAUGUGUCAAAAACCAUUCAUUACCCUUAGAAUGUAAGCUUAUACCUUACUAUAAACACUUUGUAUUAAAGUACUCUAAUUUUUUGAUUGUAAGUUCAUGGGAAGGGUCUUCUGUUUGUAUCAGUACAUAUUCAUUAAUUGUCUUUGCAAUAUUGUAACGUUAUAUAAAUAAUAAACUAAAGUUGUUUUGAGUGGUACUUUAAGAUACCUAGAAAAAUUAGGCUUACUAAAUUGUUCUUCAAUUGCAUUAUAAUUUGUAGGAUUGUAAUUAUGCCACCACUUGAUAUCACCUCAAUAAAAACCGUCUCAAAUAAAGAUAUCUAGAAUAGCUCUUCACUUUUACCUCAGUAAUCCCUCCUUGCAAACAUUGCUUGCCAUUUUUUCCCACUUUUUUUUAAAUUAAUGUUUUGUUUUAUUGAUGUAUUAUUGUUUUUUUAUAUAAGGACUUUCUAACCCUCACGUGGAAAUUAGAUCAGGAUUUUAGAGAUUAGUAGACAGUGUCGAUGUAAUUUUUGUACAACCUGCAGGCAUUGUAAAAAUAUAUUAUCCAUUUAUUAUUUAACACCUUAAGGACACAUGACAUGUCAUGAUUCCCUUUUAUUCCAGAAGUUUGGUCCUUAAGGGGUUAAAACUAAAAAAAUUGGAAGAAUGUGCAACUAGAAUAUUAAACAUUCCGGGCACCAUAACAACUCAAAAAAUAAGUGGUUAUGGUGCCAGAAGCCCCCGGGCACUUCCUUACCUUUAGUGGUAAAACCACUGCAGCACUUAAACAACUUUCCAAAAUUCAGCUAAAUAUGGUAUAACCAACAACAGCAUGGAAGUGUCUUGUAGUCUGUGAUGUGGCUGUGAGGCCCACAGAGAUUGAAUAUAUAUGAGUAAGAAAGGAAGCCAGACCAUGGUUGGACGGGGCAGAGAUAGAAACAUAUUGAAUAAUUUUGUUCACGGUCUGAAAUAAAGAUGCUAGCAGUAAAUUUAAUACUGGGUCAAAACAAAUAACCAGGGAUGAGAAGGCAAUAAGGCGCCACUUACUGGGAUGGGAAACAAACACCUGGGACAUGAUGAACAGGGAAGGCUGCUGUAUUAGAGAGGCUACAAAUAAGAUGAAAUGACAUGAAAAAUGAAGAAAAUGGUAUAUACAUAAGUAAACAAUGAAACAUGUAACACAUAAGAAAAUAAACUUGAUGAAGACCUAGGGAACUUCAAAAGAUAUCAUAUGUAAUACAGGAACAAGCUGCUUAUAAUGAAAGGUUAAAAAAGAAUGAGAUUUGGGAAGGACCUACGUGACUUAUAAGAGAUAUAGAAUACGUUGUUAGAUUCUUGACUUUCAGAUACUAUGGAGACUGAAAGACAUCACAGGAAAUCUAAAUGGGAAAAGAAUGUUGAUAACAGAUCACAUGGAAUCAAUUGUGUAUCAUUUUUACUCAUGUCUUCGCUGCAGGAAAAACUCUUCCAAAGAAGAAAUAUAUGGGGGUACGAAUGGUUCAGCUCUCAUCAAAGUAAGAAGUUUUUCUUAAUAUUAUGGGUUGGGCCAUGUUUUGCUUAAAACAUGUUUAGAAUUGACUGACAUUGCAUAAACAGUUAUCAUAAUGUAUACAGAGUAUUUAUGCACAGCUAAACAGUUUGCAAUCGGCCGCUCAAAGCUACCAUCACCAUGGGUUGCAGUCUCAGUAUACACAAAGCUACCAUCACCAUGGGUUGCAGUCUCAGUAUACACAGAGCUACCAUCACCAUGGGUUGCAGUCUCAGUAUACACAGAGCUACCAUCACCAUGGGUUGCAGUCUCAGUAUACACAAAGCUACCAUCACCAUGGGUUGCAGUCUCAGUAUACACAGAGCUACCAUCACCAUGGGUUGCAGUCUCAGUAUACGCAAAGCUACCAUCACCAUGGGUUGCAUCUCAGUAUACACAAAGCUACCAUCACCAUGGGUUGCAGUCUCAGUAUACACACUGCUACCAUCACCAUGGGUUGCAUCUCAUUAUACACAGAGCUACCAUCACCAUGGGUUGCAGUCAGGGCCGGCCUUAGGGGUGUGCGAGCUGUGCGACCGCACAGGGCGCCAUGGAACAGGGGGCGCCCUGUGGCCGACACAGCUCACUCAUGGCCGGAGUGCAGGGGAGCUAAAAGAGGUACCUGGCUGGAGGAUUAAUUAUUCUCCACCCGGGUCUAUUUAAAAAAAAAAAAAAAAAAUCGCGGCAGAGGGGGCGGGGUUUACCGAGCGGCGGAGGCGGGGCUUAUCGAGAGGCGGAGACGGGGCUAAUACCUCCCGAAGCCCCUGCUGUACAGGAAGAGGGAAAGAUGCUUCCCCAUCAGCCAACUGCAUCCACUGGAAAGAGGUAAGUGUGUGUGUGUGACUGUUUGCCUGUUUGUGUGACUGUCUGUCUGUGUGUGUGUGUGACUGUCUGUGUGACUGCCUGCCUGUGUGCGUGUGUGUGUGUGUGUGUGACUGUCUGUGUGACUGCCUGUCCUUGUGUGUGUGUGUGUGUGUGACUGUCUGUGUGACUGCCUGUCCUUGUGUGUGUGUGUGUGUGUGACUGUCUGUCUGUGUGUGACUGCCUGCCUGUGUGUGACUGUCUGUGUGUGUGACUGUCUGUCUGUGUGACUGCCCAUGUAUGUGACUGCCUGUGUGUGUGACUGUCUGUCUGUGUGACUGUCUGUCUGUGUGACUGCCCGUGUGUGUGACUGCCUGUGUGUGUGAGACUGUCUGUCUGUGUGACUGUCUGUGUGUGUGACUGUCUGUCUGUGACUGCCUGUGUGUGUGACUGCCUGUGUGUGUGUGGACUGCCUGUGUGUGUGUGUGACUGUCUGUCUCUGUGUGUGUGUGUGACUGUCUCUGUGUGUGCCUGCCUGUGUGUGACUGUCUGUGUGUGUGACUGUCUGUCUGUGUGACUGCCCAUGUGUGUGACUGUCUGUCUGUGUGACUGUCUGUCUGUGUGACUGCCUGUGUGUGUGACUGCCUGUGUGUGUGAGACUGUCUGUCUGUGUGACUGUCUGUGUGUGUGACUGUCUGUCUGUGUGUGUGACUGCCUGUAUGUGACUGCCUGCCUGCCUGUGUGUGUCUGUCUGUAACUGUCUGUGUGUGACUGCCUGCCUGUGUGUGUGACUUUCUAUCUGUGUGACUGCCUGCCUGCCUGUGUGUGUAUAACUGUCUAUGUGUGUGUUACUGUGUGUCUGUGUGUGUGUGUGACUGCCUAUGUGACUGUCUGUCUGUGUGUGUCGCUGUAGCUGUGCCAUUGUUUGUGCCUGUGCCUGUAUGUGUGACUGCUUUUAACUGAGUGUGUGUGUACAUGCCUGUAACCGAGUUUAAAUUUCCCCCACCCCUUCCUGUCAAGGCCGCACUUUGACUGACAGACGCUCACUCACUGACAGACGCACACUCCCUGACAGACACACACUCUCAUAUACACUGACAAACAAUGACAUACACACAUACACUAUUACUUGGACACACACUGACAGAUGCACACUUUCACUGACAGACGCAAGCACUCACUGAAAGAUGCACGACUCCACUGACCGACACAUACACACUGACUGACACACACUCACUGACCGACACACACUCACUGACCUACACACUCACUGACCUACACACUCACUGACCGACACACACUCACUGACGACACAUACACACUCACUGACGACACAUACACACUCACUGACUGACACAUACACACUCACUGACUGACACAUACACUCACUGACCAACACACACAUUCACUCACAGACACACACAUUCACACUUACAGACACACACAAUUACACACUUACAGACACACACACACACACACAUUCACUUCAAAAUAAACACUCACAGACACACACACAGACAUUUCCACUAACACUCACAAACUAAUAUUUUUUACAUUUAUUUUAAAUCCACCCAGCCUCCCUGGGAAAGCUGGAGUGGAUUUCUUACCAGCAGUCCAGUGUGGCUGCUGGGCAGGCAGGCAGGGGGCGCACAGGCUGAGUAAGCAGCGCUUAGUGAUGCCGGGAGCCGGACUGACGUCAUAUUCUGGCUCCCGGCUUCAUUAAGCGGCGCAGAGGAAGCUGAGCAGGAAGAGCUCAGGUGAGUAUGCUCCUUCGCUGCCCGCUGCCAGCCUUGGGGGGGCUCAAAAGUGGCCAGCCGGUCAGCUCUUGAGCCCCCCAGGAUGCGAGGCAAGCAAGGGAUCUGCCUGGGGGUUUGGAGGGAUGCUUUUUUUUGCUGCCCCCUGCAAAGUGGCGCCCAAGGCAGAUGCCUUGUUUGCCUCGUGAUACACACGUCCCCGGUGCCUGUGUGUGUUACUGUAUUCAGGCAACUUGGUGGGAGGUGGGGGGGGGCGCCGUGAAGACUUUUUGCACAGGGCGCCUAAUUGCCUAAGGCCGGCCCUGGUUGCAGUCUCUGUAUACACAAAGCUACCGUCACCAUGGGUUGCACUCUCAGUAUACACAGAGCUACCAUCACCAUGGGUUGCACUCUCAGUAUACACAGAGUUACUGUCACCAUGGGUUGCACUCUCAGUAUACACAGAGCUACCAUCACCAUGGGUUGCAGUCUCAGUAUACACAGAGCUACCAUCACCAUGUGUUGCAGUCUCAGUAUACACAAAGCUACCAUCACCAUGAGUUGCAGUCUCAGUAUACACACUGCUACCAUCACCAUGGGUUGCAUCUCAGUAUACACAAGCUACAGCUGGAUGGUAUCUGGCACCACAGAGCUGUGUUUAUUUAGUACUAUUAUAACAGGUCCUGCCAGCUCACGUUGUAAUGAUGUAUGACAUCACAUCCCAUCAUCCUGUAUUACUACAGCGCAAGAUGCCAAGGCAUUUAGUCCUUCAUUGGAAUUAUUUUACCGUAAUAUGCAGUUCGCACUUAUGUGUCCUCUAUAUAUAGUAUGUUCUAUCUCGUAUUAUUAGGAUGAUAUUUUUUCUAAUUAUGUGUUAUAACGUGUGUUAUGUGUGAAACACCUGACACUGUGACUUGAGGGACUAAACAGCAGUGAUGAUGACUACAUAUCCUUGCUACAUUACUGAGAUAGCAGUCACGUUCCCAUCUAAUAUGCAUAGUUAUUUGAAAGUUAAUAUGGCUUCCUUCAACUUUAGACAGCUGUGACAUGUAUAGUGUGACAAUAUUCUGAGCCUUACACCUCACACUUCUCUAAUGUUAAUGGGAGUAUACGUGUAAAUUCUGUUUGUCUACAGAAUAUUUGGGAAAAAAUAAUUAAUUAGUCACAAUUACACUGCAAGCUAACAGGAGUCUGACCAGAAAUGAGAAACGGAUAAUAUUUGGCUAUUUGCAGAGCUUGGUUCUGUACAGCUAAAAAAGGAGAAUAAAUAUGUUUUAUGUAUUGUGCAAGUAAGCAAUACACAGUGAAUGCAUUUCUUUUGUUUUAUUUUGAGAAUAUUUAUACAAAUGUUCUAUCCUUUCAGUUUAAUCCGUGAGCUUAAAAUGCGUGAUAAAGAUUUCCCCGACGUUAAUUCUGGAGUUUAUGUGUUUGAGGUUAUCCAAGGAACAGCAGCAGCAAGGUAAGUAAGAAAUGAGGAUUGCUCAGUAUUGUCUGUAAAAGAUACACAUUUUACUUACCGUAAAUUUAUUUUUUCUGAAGAUUAGAGGCAGUGCAUUACAACAGGGAUUUCUAAUCUGGAAGGAAAAACAGGCAGGCAAACCCCUCAAAAUUUUAGGACCUCCCCCCCAAUUCCCCUUAGCACUAUAAAGUGCUAUUAACACAACAAUUUGCUAUUAACACAACAAUUUCCCAGGAAAUACAAAAGCCAGAUCACAUCAAAAUAUUAUUUAUUUAGAAAAAGGGAGGAGGGGGCGGAGCCUGGCCUUCUACAGAAUCAGACGCGUGGCGCACAAGCUCCGAAUCAACGGGCCGGUUCACGGGUGCUGUCCCCAGCCCAUCAGCUGUAACUACCGUUCUGGUGCGACACAGAUGUAAGGUUUUCCCAGACCUACACAUUAAGCCAACACACGUAUCUCUAAGCCAUAGGGAACCUGAACACUCUUACUCCGGCUGCCGUGAGUUGAGCUGGGGAAAGGCAGCCGAUCUCUCCACUCAACUGUUCCCAGCACAGACUUGCUGCAUAGCGCUCUCCCCCCACCUCUGGACUGACGGGGGAUAUCCCGGUCCCCACUGAAGCUGACCAGACACCAAACACUGCUGCACUCCUUGUGACCCACAGUGGAAUUCCUAUGCCGAGUCCAAUACCAAGCCUCACUAAAAUGGCGGAUGGGCCUACUCCAGCCUCUCAAGGCCUGUGUCAAACUCAGAGUUCCAACAGCGGAGCUAUAGAAACCAUACAGCAGUGUUUGGAUGCCAUAUUCCAGAACUUCUGGCUCAAGAUAUCUUCAAACAUGGCUGUAUUAGCAACCUCACCGCAUGAGGGCUGCUAUGAGCCUAGUGUCCUAGAGACAGGUGCUACCACUCAAGGCCCCACGACUUCACAAACGCCUACCAUCAUUACGGCACACCAUUCCAGACCGCGAGCCUCAAGAGGCUAUGCCUCCACACAUCGACCACACAUACUGAAGAUCAACCGCGGUCAGUGGCACGUACCAUCAAGAUCUCACGAACACCCCCAGAGGGGAAUUACCGUGGCACUCAGACUCCAGAGUGCAUGGCUUGCGGUUGUCCGCUCUCCCUCGGGCCUGGGACUGAAGGGAAACCCCGCUCUGGAGCAGCUCUGUGGAUAAUCCUAAGCACCACAGAAGCUACACUCUACCUUGGCAUCCUGUAGGGAUCAGCUGACAGGGACUCUGAGCCAUACUAAUGUCGCAGGUUGGAGAAGGGUGCGUAGCUGGCUAGAUAGAUGGCAUAUAGCAGUGAUGGGGAACCUGUGGCAGGCCGGGCACUCUCUGUGGGCACGCGGCCAUAGCUCGCCAUCAAUGCAGAGUAGGCACUCUGCUUCCGUGUCGGGAGGACAGGGGGAGGGAUCUGAGAAGCAGCUCUCCCGUCCUCCCGCGAGCAAUCAGUGUGGAGCGUUGCCAUGGCAACACUCCACACAGCAUUGCGCGGGAGGGAGGACAGGAGAGCUGCAGGACCUGUCCAUCUUACCACCACCAGACCACCAGGGAUUUAUGUGUGUCCCCCUCCUUCACAUAAGGUAAGCAGAAGGGAGGGGGGAUACAGAUUGUAAUAAUAUAUUUGCAGCCCUUCCCCUCUCCCCCACCAACACACACAGCACCCCUUUCACACACAGCACCCCUCUCAUAAAGAGCACCCAGCACCACACACACACACACACACACACACACACACAGCACCCCCCCCACACACACACACCACCCCUCACACAGAGCACCCAGCACCCCCCACACAACACCCCCUUACACACACACACACACACACACACACACACAGCACCCCCACACACAGAGCACCCAGCAACCCCGCACACACACACACACACAGCCCCCCCGCACACACACAACCCCCCUCACACACAAACGGCAACCCCCCACACACAGCACACCUUUCACACACAGAGCCCCUCUCACACACACACAGCACCCCUCUCACACACAGAGCCCCUCUCACACACAUACACACAGCACCCAUGCACUGACUUACGUGCUGUUACAGCACUGCUCCCACCAUUGAUGCCGCCGGGAGACAUGAAAUGACGUCAAUCAGGCGCCGCCGCCUGAUUGACGUAAUUUCCUGUUUUGCCGGCAGCAUCAGCAGAGAGGGCAGUGCUGGAACAGCACGUAAGUCAGUGUUCGCGCCCACACCCACUUACAGCAACGGGAAGGAGGUGGGGAGCCUGGGAGGACUUCAAACUCCCACCAGCACCAAAAAAAAACACAUUAUUUAUGUGCUGUUAGGGAGAGGGGGAUAUGCUGGGGGAGGGGGGAUAUGCUGGGGUAGUGAGGGGAAGAUGCCUAGGGGAGAGAAGAGGAGAUGCUGGGGGGAGAGAGGAGGAGAUGCUAGGGGGAGAGAGGAGAGAUGCUAGGGGAGGGAGGAGGAGGAGAUGCUAGGGGAGAGAGGAGAGGAGAUGCUAGGGGGAGAGAAGGAGGAGAAUGCUAGGGGGAAGGAAGAGGAGAGAUGCUGGGGAGAGGAGGAGAUGCUAGGUGGAGAUAGGAGGAGAUGCUUGCUAGGGGAGAUAGGAGGAGGAGAUGCUAGGGGAGAGGAUGGGAGAUGCUGGGGGGAGAGGAGGGGAGAUGCUGGAGGGAGAGGAGGGGAGAUGCUGGAGGGAGAGGAGGGGGAGAUGCUGGAGGGAGAGGAGGAGAUGCUGGGGGAGAAGGGGAGGAGCAGAUGCUGGGGAAAUGGGGAGAGGAUGAGGAGAAUCUGGGGGAAAGGAGGCGGGAUAUGCUUGGGGGAGAUAGGGAGAGGAAGAGGAGAAUCUGAGGGAGAGGAAGAGGAGAAUCAGGAGGAGAAGAGGAGGAGAUUCAGGGGGGAGAAGGGGAGAAUCUGGGGAGAGGAGAGGAGAGGAGAAGGAGGUGCUGGGGGGAGAAGGGGAGAGGAGGAGAAGAUGCUGGGGGGAGACGGGGAUAUGCUGUGGGUAGAGAAGGGAAGAAGCUGGGGGGGGGGAGAAGAGGAGAAUUAGUUCGGACAACUGUAUGAGUUGUUUUUUCUAAACUUAAACCUCAGUAUUCAGGCUUAAUUGCCGAGGAAAUUGCUGACUUUGAGAGGAAAAAAGUUGCCAUGUAUUGCGGUUUGGGCACUCGGGCUCAAAAACGUUCGCCAUCACUGGCAUAUAGAAUCUUUACUAUUACCUUGUGUUAACCUUAGUUUCCCCUCUUUCUUGCUAUUUCAUCCAGUGCAGUGAGUUAGCAAUGUAUAACAUUUUAGAGGCAAAAGCAUAUAGUUUUCUUGCAAGUCUGAAAAGCUUCAGCUCUUGCAUAAACUAAGCUUGUUAUACCAUCUUGAUUUUGUAUACACCUAUUAAUACAACUGUUUAGCCUAUGUAUAUCUUUACAUCUUGCAUACAUAUAUAUUUAAAAGGGUGCUGUUAUAUCUAUUACCACAGUUAUCUAUGUGUUUUUUCACUCUUACCUCUGCUAUUGUGGCAGCGUAAGAAAGUUUGUAAUCUAUGCACAACAAAAAAUUUGUAAAAAAUUAAAAAAGAAAGAAAAAGGGAGGGACGUGUGCACUGCCUCUAAUCUUCAGGAAAAAAAAUUACGGUAAGUAAAAAUUGUAUUCAGAUUAGAGGCAGUGCAUUACAACAGAGAUAAAACAAGCAAUCCCUAAGGGUGGGACUCAUGUGACCACUGCUUGCAACACCUUGCGCCCAAAAGAAGCUUCUUCCGAGGCCAGUAUCUCUAAUUUUUAAUGCUUUGAAAAUGUGUGAAGAGACUUCCAAGUAGCUGCAGUACAAAUUUGUGUUGGAGAAGCUGAGGCCCUUAAGGCCCAGGAGGAGGUAGACAUGGCUCUUGUAGAAUGCGUUUUACGAGAUAUAGGUGGAGGAACUUUAGACGCAGAAUAUGCCAACCGAAUGGAGUCUUUCAAACAUCUAGCCAGAGAACUCUUGGAUGCCAUCAAACCUUUUCGUGUACCAUGAAAGAGGACAAACAGUCUGUUCAAUUUUCUAAAUGACUUGGUACGUUCCAAGUAUUGAAGCAAAGAUUUUUUGACGUCCAGGCAAUGAUAUUUUUCUUCCAAGGCAUUAGAAGGGUUUUGGCAAAACGUAGGUAGGACAAUUUCCUGAUUGAGAUUAGACGUAGAACAAACUUUUGGAAUAAAAGAUGGAUCCAGUUUUAAAACCUUAUCCAGAGGUUCAAAUGGAGGUUCACACAAAGCCGUUUACACAAGAUUGAGGUCCCAUGGUGGAAACGUCUCCCUGAUGGAUGGAGCCAAACAGGACAAAGCUUUGAAAAAUCUAAAAAUUAAAAUAUUUGAUGCCAGACACCUAAACGAGAAAAAAUUAAUGGCAGAGAUCUGGACCUUGAGAGUAGCCGGAUGAAAACCUUUGGCAAAGCCCAACUGCAGAAAUCUCUGAAUAUUCGGGAUGGAGGCUGAUAGAGGAUUUUCUUUUAUCUUGAAGCACCAAAUACAAAAUUUCUUUCAAAUUCUAGAAUACACUUUAGACCUUGAAUCCUUCUUAGCACACAUCAAAAUAUCGAUAACUUCCGAGGAUAAACUUUUGUUCUUUAAAAUCUGGUAUUCAGAAACCAGGCAGUUAGGUUGAAUUUCUUUAUUGUAUGAAGAGGAACCAUGGAGUGUUCCAGAAUAUCCACUGAUAGCAGAAGUUUCCAAUAUAUGGAGUUGGGGACAUUAGAAUGGAGAACUAACUCCUUCUUGGCCACCAUGGCAGGAUUAUAAUUAUCUUUACCUCUUCUGACCUGAUCUUUUGUAGAAUCCUUGAGAUUAGAGAGAUUGGAGAGAAAAUAUAAGCUAGGUUGAAAUUCCAAGGAAUCGACAGCGUCUAAAACCUCUGGUCUGUCUGAUGGAUUCAGAGAAGCAAACCUUUUCAUUUUCCUGUUUUCUCUUGAAUCCAUGAGGUCUAACUCUGGAACUCCAAACUUCUCUGAUAUUCGUCUGGAAAUCGGAAUAGAAAGCGACCAAUCCGCUUGCUUUAGAUGUUGACGACUGAGGGCUUCUGCUAGGGUGUUAAAUUGCCCUUUUAUAUGCACCACUGAUAUCGACCGAAGGUGACAUUCUGACCAGACCAUGUUUUGAGAGCAAAGAUGUUCUAGACCAGCAGACCUUGUCCCUCCUUGCUUGUUGAUAUAUGGUACUGCAGUUGAAUUUCCGAUCUUAUCUGGACAUGAUGAUCCUGAAUCUGUUUCUGGAAUACCAGAAGAGCCAACCAAAUAGCUUUUAGCUCUUUGUAAUUUGAUGAUUUCUUUACGUCUUUGGAAACCCAAAGACUUUGUUUCUUGCUUUGUUCUAUGUGACCACCCCACCCGAAACAGGAACAUCUACUACAGGUAUAGACUUAGAAAAUUGUGAUUGAAAAUGCCUGGACAGGAAAGGUUUCUUCCCAGGAAAUUUCCAUUUCCUUAAUAUUAGAUCUUUUAAAUCUGUAUUAAACAGAAAAGCUUUCAAUUUUUUCCCUUUAGAUUUAAUUAGUUCCUGAUUUCCCAUCAGAAUCUGAACCUCUUUAAUUAGUUUUCCUAAACAUUCCUGAAGAAUCGUCUCCAAAAGAGCCUGCAACUGAGAAAUCAGAGCUUUCAUUAGACUCUUCCCAAUACCUUUGUAUUUUCUUAGUCUGAGCUUUUAAGGCUGAAUCCUGGGAUACUGAGGCCUGUGCAGACUAAAAUGCUGCGGACUGCAUGUCAACAAAAGUCUGCUGUUGGAACCAGCUUAGGAACGCUGACAUUUCAGAAUUUUGUGGAUUCAUCUGAAGCUUCUUUGGAACAGCUAGUACAAAUCUUUCUUUUAUAGCCAUCUGGCAUGGGUUGACAACAUGAGGCACAGAUUAAAUGUUUUUCGAUUUAGACGUGCAUUUCCGUUUCUCUGUAGGUGUGUCCGUAGCCUCAGGAUUAGACAUACUAGAAAGAAAAAAGAGAAUGAGAGAGAAAAAGAAAAAAAAAAAAUCAAAUAUAACAUUUCAAAAUAUAUAAAAAAAAAUUCAGGCAGACUUACCUUAAUGGCCUCAAAGUGUGCUGGAGGGAAGGUGAGAACACACUUGCAACAGGUUCUGAGUGCACCUGGCAAACAGUUAGUUGCUGCUGGUUAAAUAGCCUCCAACUCCAAGGUCCUGAAAAAACUAAAUUAGAGAAAAAAAAUAAAAAUGUUGACGCCUGAAAUUCAGAAAUCCACGUGCAUUCCACAGCCAAGACCUCCCAGCUUGUGCGCGCUUUCGCCUUACCCAGCACCCGGCACAAUAUUGGCGGAAUCUAUAAGUAUUGGUGGAACAUAGGCACCCAGCAUGCGUUCCACCUGUCUAAGCCUGCAGCGAGCUCACCCGCUGGCCAUCUUGAUGGUAGUAUCGGAAGCAGGGUCUCCUGAGCCACAGCUCCCUCACCUUGCUUCAUCUGGAAUCAGGGGUAAACCUGACUACCUCACCUGAAGAACUGGGGAACUGUUGUGUUAAUAGCACUUGAUAGUGCUAAUGGGAAUUGGGGGGAGGUUCUAAACAUUUGAGGGGUUUGCCUGCCUGUUUUUCCCUCCAGAUAAAAAAUCCCUGUUGUAAUGCACUGCCUCUAAUCUGAAGGGAAGAAAAUAUUUAUCACUAUACUAUCACAACAUAACAGACUACCUAGUAUUAUGCUUAAACAGUUACUUGAAGCACCAUGACCACCAAAAAAUAAAGUUAAAGCACAUAGGUGCAUUAUGGCGCCCCUUCUAAGCUGUCCUUGCCUUCUCCUAAGCUUAGCUGUAGGGACUUCCUCCAUCUGCAGUCAGGGGGAGUGAUGUCACUGGGGGAGGAUUGUUUGCUUUCGGCAUUAGAUCAAAUGUAAGUUUUUGCUUUAUUUCUUUAUUUUUUUUCACAAUAAUCAGUAGAUUUGUGCAUAGAGAAAAAAAUUUGUUUCGGCCAAAACACUUCUACUGAAAAAGAAAAAAAAAAAGGGAAAACGAAUCAGACAAACCAAAAAGCCCUGAAAAUGGAGCAAUCCGUUUACUGCAAAAUGUAUACAUAAAAUCAAGUGAGAAAAGGUAAUCAAUAGAGAAAAGGAGGAGCAGUGAAAAAAAACAACUAUAUGUACAUAUUAUCUAUUACUAUAUUAUUUUACUGCUAAUCCUUUUUAUCUUUAUUACAUAAUCUGAGUUUGAAAUCAACAUUUGAUCAAUGUAUGCUAGCCAUAAAUCAUCUUUUUUCUGUCAAUCAUCUCUUUUAUUGGUGUCACAGAUAGAAUUGAGAAUCACAAAUAAAUAUGACCAUAUUCAGCUAUUGCGUGUAUUGUUUGGUUCGUGAUUCAGCUAACUCUAGGCUUGGAGUUCAGGAUUUUGAAUGAUCACCAGAUCGUCCUAAGUUCGAAUGAGUUGCAAUUCGGACCGAAACAAACCUCCAAGUUUAAUAAUCAGUGAAAGUGUGUUAAGUUACAAAUAUGCCAUCAUUUGGUGAUGUAUGUACUUUAAACAUAGCGAAAUGUUCUAUUAAAAGUAUGCCAUUGGGUUUUGAUACUAUUAUUACUCAUUUUAAUGGUAGUAAUUGAAUCAGCCUUGGAAAGUUGAAAGGUGAAGUUAUGUGUAAUCAUAUGCCUGUCUGUGUUUCUGUCCUGUUUUCUAUUGUUGCAAGUUUCCUUAUUGUCUGUAUCUUUAAUGUAGUGCUGGAAUGAAGGAUCAUGAUGUUAUCAUAAGCAUUAAUGGGAGGUCUGUGACCAGCACUGAGGAGGUGAGCGAGGCAGUACGGGCCAAUGAUACUCUCUCCAUUGUGGUACGUCGUGGGAAUGAAGACAUCAUCCUAAACGUGGUGCCCGAGGAAAUGGGUUAAGACCAUACCUAGCCUCCAACAUUCCGCUAUUGUUCAUCAUGACCUCUUAUCGUAUUGAGUGCAUUAUGCACUGAAGUCUUAGACUUGGAACUCACAUAUUAGCUGGUCUCUGAUCUUUCAUUAGAUGGAAAUUUCCUGCUGCUGCUGGAGUAUAUUAUUCAGAUACAGAUCGUGGGGUGAAUGAAAGUAUAGCAAACUGUAGAGGAGACCAAUUGGUAAUUACACAAAUACAAUAUAAAAGACAGAUUUCUUCUGUUGGGUAUGUAUGGAGAGAUAUUACAUGCCCAACACGUGGUCUCACCUAUAAUUUUGGAAAGAGAGUAGAAUAUAUUUUUAAUUUUGAAAGUCUUAUGAAAUAUUCCUCAAAAAAUACAAUUUACACUGGUAGGAGAGAACUAGGAAUGCAUACAUAAAUGAAGAGUGCAUGCAAUAAUCAAAUACUCCAUUUUUCACAGGUAUUUUUUACUAAAAGCAUUAUACUGGUGCACAUAUAAACCGAUGAUGCUAAUAUGUAUUUGAGAUUCUUUCAUAUUUGAAAAAUUUGGAGGUGGAGUAAGAAGAGGGGAUAUUCUGGGAAAUCGUGAAAUAUGGACACAUUUUAAAAAUCAUAUCCGCUAAGCUUAGAUGAUUUUUGCAUUUUAUGUUGUAAAAGCAGAAUGCAUUUGGGAAUCUUAAAAUACAAUUCUAGGGCAAAGCUUUGAAACUGAAGAAAUUAUUAGGCACAUCCCGCUAGUUUCUAUGGUGAAUAUUCUUUUCGCAGAACUCUGCCACAAAAUAGAUUUUUGCAAAGAAUCGUCUGUGUUUGUACUUGUUGUAAGUGUGCUGUAAUGUUAGAGAAUGCAGAAAUGUCACCACAGUAAAGCACAAACGUAAACAAUUUAAACGUUUCACAUUAGGGAAGACAGACAUGCAGACAGACACUGCUCAUGGCGGACCAGAUUAAUUUAAAAAUAUGUUGAGAUCAAGGAGAGAUUGGAAGCCACAGGUUUAGACUCCUAAUUUAAAUACUGAUGCUUUUCAGAGUUUUAGAACUUUCAUAGGCAUUUAAAUCGGGGCUAACAUGCAAUACACUUUCUCUUAAAAAGUUAAAAUAUAUCUUUUGUACAUUAACACUUGAUUAUUCCAAUGUGUGCCUUUGAUUUAGGUUUCACAAAUUAUAAAGGUAAUUUGCAUUUAUGAAAGGACUUUUCGCAAUGUUAUAAUAAUAUGAAAACUUAUGGAAAGAAAGCUAUCAGUCGCUAUCAGUUUAAAGUUAAACUCUUUAAAAAAAAAAAAAUUUCUUAGACUGAACUGCAAUCAUUACCUAGAGUCCAUGAGUCAGUGAGGUGAAUGAACAUACAAUGCAGAAGUAAUGUUAAAAGUGCUACAGCAGAAGAUACAUUGAUUCACUAUGAAGGGGCAUUUUCUUAAUUGUCUGCAUGUAUAAAGACACUUGCACAAACACGCAAGUCCACUUUUUGUGGAUUCUUUCCACCCUGGUGUAUUCAAUGUCAUUGACCCAUCUCCAUAUUACAUGUAUGUGUAUUCCAUAAAUACGAUCUCGAUAAAACGUUAUUUGAUAUUUUCCAUUACGCACCUGACAGCCUUUUCACAACAAGAAGUGAAAAAUGCAUAGGAAAAUUGACUUCCCCAACCUAGUGAAGAAAAUCAAUUUAAUUUCAAGUAUCUUGGCUUCUGUGGCCACAUGGAACAACUUUACAAAGCAUAUUUCUUACAAGAUAUACUGUUUUAAUUAAUUUCCUCUUAUUAUCCAUGUUUUUUUUUUUCUAGUGAGCCUGAAACAAACAAAUGCAUUAUGUAGGAUUAAAGAGCAUGUAUUACUUCUUUUUCUAUGUAAAUUUAUUUUAUUUUUUUGCAUACAUUGUAUUAUUCCAGUAAUAUUGUAUAUUGCAUGCUAGAAAAAUAUAUAAAUUAAGUACACCAUCUCAUGAAAGCAGUCUGCUAAUGAGGAAAGUUAGCUCUUAAUGGUACAUAGCAGUGUACUAUAAUGUAUAAUGUCUACACAAUUAAUAGCUUUUAAAAAAUCAAGUCAAACUGUGUACAGAAAGAGUACACAUUUUGACUAUGCAGUCUCACAUGAAACAUGUUGCUACACUAAUGAUGUAUCUAUAAAUGGUCCUACGUUGAAUAAAAAAACACAGUGCACUUUAAAAUGUUGGUAAUAUAUAUGUAUAUUAAAAAAGUAUUUAUUUUGUGACACUG